AUGGCGGCGUCUGCGGCGGCACUGCGGCACCUCGCGCCGCUGGGCGCCCACCUCGCCCGCCUCCCGCCGCGGGGCCGCGCUGCCGGGCGGCUGCUGCUGCAGCAGCGCAGGGGGAUCCGCCUUUCCGCGCCCGCCGCCAUCCAGGUGACGGUGCGGGACGCGCUGAACCAGGCGCUGGAUGAGGAGCUGGAGCGGGACGAGCGCGUCUUCCUGCUGGGCGAGGAGGUGGCCCAGUACGAUGGCGCUUACAAGAUCUCCAGGGGUCUCUGGAAGAAGUACGGGGACAAGAGGGUGAUCGACACCCCGAUAUCAGAGAUGGGCUUCACGGGAAUCGCGGUCGGUGCUGCUAUGGCAGGGUUGAGACCGGUGUGUGAAUUCAUGACGUUCAACUUCUCCAUGCAAGCGAUUGAUCAGGUUAUAAACUCCGCUGCCAAGACCUGUUACAUGUCUGCAGGAUCAAUCGCUGUUCCCAUUGUCUUCCGGGGCCCCAAUGGGGCAUCAGCUGGAGUCGCCGCUCAGCACUCGCAGUGCUUCGCGGCUUGGUACGGGCACUGCCCGGGACUGAAAGUUGUUAGUCCUUGGAGCUCAGAAGAUGCCAAAGGUCUGCUGAAAGCCUCAAUCCGGGACGAUAAUCCAGUUGUGAUGCUGGAAAAUGAAUUACUGUAUGGUGUUCCCUUUGAAAUGUCUGAACAGGCACAGUCAAAGGAUUUUGUUGUUCCAAUUGGAAAAGCUAAAAUAGAACGGCAAGGAGCUCAUGUUACAUUAGUAUCACACUCAAGACCUGUCGGACACUGUUUGGAAGCAGCUGCUGUACUUGCCAAAGAAGGUGUAGAGUGUGAGGUUAUAAAUCUGCGUACUAUUCGACCAAUGGAUAUUGAAACAGUGGAAGCCAGUGUUGUAAAGACAAACCAUCUUGUAACUGUAGAAGGAGGUUGGCCGCAAUUUGGAGUAGGAGCUGAAAUCUGUGCCAGGAUCAUGGAAGGAUCUGCCUUUAACUACUUGGAUGCUCCAGCUGUGCGUGUUACCGGUGCAGAUGUUCCUAUGCCUUAUGCAAAAAUUUUAGAAGAUAACUGCAUACCUCAAGUGAAGGAUAUAAUAUUUGCAGUGAAGAAAACUUUGAAUAUCUAAGUUGUAAAUAUGUUUUAUAGUCCUGCUUUAAAAAGUAUCAACAGUGUAGGACAAGUUGUAUGCAUAAAUUUGUUGUAUAGCUACAUGAACUUUUGUACAGUGGGGAAAGUAUAGUGACCUCCCAGAAUAUUUAUAUGGGGUUACCCUCUAAGCCACAGUUCGUAUAAGCAACAAUGUGGUAAUGCUUGUUUGUUCAACAGUACAGGUGGGUUAGUGCUAUUGUAUGUGGAGAAAUCCGAUUCCGCAUUCAGAGCGAGGAAAAAAAUCCUCCAUUUCUGCUUGGCUUGUAAUUACCAGACUAGCUGUGUUAAACUGGCUGUAGUGGUGGUUGAGAGAAGAACUGCAGUGAGCAGAAGUCCAGCCCUGGAAUGCUGUACAGCUCUCUAGGAGCCCAUGGUUGCAAGGCUUAUUAAAGGUGAAUGAUCAAACUGGAAUGAGUGAAGCCUUGCUUUUCAGUUCAACAGUUAAGUGCAACUAUCUGCACAAAGUGGCUUUGGAAGCCUGCGGUGUGGGCUAAGAGAUGGCUAACGUAUUUAGUUUGAAGAGCACUCUGCACAUGCAGGAAAGCUUUUGCACAAGAGUUUAACUAAAGAUCCUGAUCCUCUUCAGUACGUGAUGGGAAACACUACCUAAUUUUUCUUUACUAGUUGCCACAUACAGUGAUAAAAGAAAUACUUGCCAGAUGCUUUGCUUUUAUGUUUUUGGGUUUUUUUUUUUU